CACAUGUCCGAGCUCGGUCUACACUGCAGGACUACUGACAGUCUCUGCAACACUGACAGUAGGCGUUCAUGCUGCAUUUUUUUUUUCUUUUUCUCGGUUUAAUUAAAAACUGCAGUGAAAACAAAGUAAAAGCCUGAGGACGCAACAGUUAAAAGGAAAUUAUGAGGAAGGCGCAACUGUGAUUUGUAUUCUUUUUUUGACAUCUAUGACAGAAGUUUAGGAGGGGAUGGAAAACAAAGCCAUGUAUCUGAGCACAAGUGAAGAAAGAGAGAGCGGCUCCAUGUAUGAGGAAGUCUACGAUGGACAUAACUUAUCAAAGCUGAACCUUUGUGAUGAAGUGUCUGGAAAGCGCCGCAGGAAGCAGGACCAGUAUUGCAGUCUCCUGAACUCCCUGUCAGCUAUCAAAUAUGCAAUUGUGUCCUUAUACAUCCUGGUUCUUCUGACCAUCUUUGGACUCUGCUUGGCAGUUUCCCGAUCCCAGGUGUCUUCACAGCGCCAGGAGGUGCUGACUGAGAAUGUGACUCGGAUGUCAGAGCACUCUAACGUGCUCCAGCAGACCCUGGGUGAGGGAUCCACUCAGGCUGACCUCCUGGAAAACAUCUGGAAACUGGAAAACAUGUUUCAGAACCACAGCAACUGGCUGCAGAAGUUGGAGAUCCUCAUCAAGGGUCUGGAGGUGGAGCUGAGCAACAUCCAGGCUAACUCCCUUCAGUCAGAAGGCUACUUGGUACAGUUGGACGACAGGUUGUCCUCAUUCAGCACCUCCGCUGGCAGGAACCUGACAGGUUUAAGUAUGGACGUGGCCCGAACCUCCAGGUGGCUUCAUGACCAUGACGUUCUUCUGAGGGAGACAGCAGGUCAUUUGAAUGGGCUCAGAGAGAAAUUAGAUGAAGUCAACUGGACUGUUGGAGCUGUUAAUCACACCUUCACCAAUGACAUCAACAUACAUCACCUUAAAAUACAUGACUUACAGAUACAGAUCAUCAACAUAACAGAGGACACCAGCAGUUUAUGGGGAAAACACAUCCACACAGAGGCCCAGCUGAGGAGCGAGAUGGAGAUCCUGAGCACAAUAACGGAGGACCUCCGUCUGAGGGACUGGGAGCAAUCCAUGACCCUGAAGAACCUCACGAUGCUGGAAGGACCUCCAGGCCCUAAAGGAGAAAAGGGGGACAUCGGACAAAUAGGUGUCCCUGGAGUUCCUGGGCUCCCUGGCCUGCAAGGAUUUACAGGAGCCAAAGGAAUGCAAGGCACACAGGGAAUAAAAGGAUCUCCUGGGGCUGAUGGCCCACGGGGAGAGAAAGGCGAACGUGGACCAGUUGGGCCUAAAGGUGACAGGGGAGAUCGAGGCUUCAAAGGGGAGAAAGGUGAUCGAGGAGACAGAGGAGAUCGAACAGUCGACGAGGUUAUGGUGCGAUUGGUGAACGGAUCAGGUCCCCAUGAAGGCCGUGUGGAGGUGUUGCAUGAAAGUCGCUGGGGGACUGUGUGUGACGACGUCUGGGACAAAAAGGAUGGAGAUGUCGUCUGUAGGAUGCUGGGAUACAGGGGAGCAGCAGCUGUCCAUAAGACCGGGCGUUUUGGGCAGGGGACUGGUGUGAUCUGGAUGGAUGACGUUGCUUGCACAGGGACUGAAGACACCAUCCACCAGUGUAGGUUUCCUGGAUGGGCCAAAACGAACUGCGGCCAUGUUGAGGACGCCGGCGUCACCUGUACAGUCUGAUCAUUCAGGAUCACUCCUGCCUGCAAACUUUUCUCCAUUCUAGGCCUUUUCUUGGACCAUUUUUGUCAAACCUUUUUACAGGAGUGCCUUUUUAUCAGUAUUUUUGCCAACUUGGCACCAAAAGGUGUCAUCUAAACAGAUAAAAACUGAUUCCUAUUUGUUGUUUUGUGAGCAUAAGACAACUAUUAACACUGAAGGACAGUGUUAUUUUUCAUGACCUGCACUAUAAAGGCAAAGAUUGCUCGUCUGGAUAGUGCCUUCUUCUUACCCAAUAAGGAUGGAUUGAACUAAGUUUCAAAUCAGGACAUUUCAAAUAAUAAUCUAAUCCACCUCCAAAGGGAAUGAAAUGGCUCUUUAAGACAGAAUUAAGAAUGUCAAUUAUUUUUAUUUACCUUUACAAGCAGCUUCUUAUUGUAGCAAGAAAUGCAAAGGGCUUCUGCAGAGUGCUUGGUUGUACUUACUUUCUUUGCCUUGCUUGAUAUUUUUUUGAGUGACGGUUUGCAGGUCAAAAGAUGGCUGAAAGCGUGCAGAGAAAAAACAGUCUAACACCUCUUUCUGUUCAGCUUUUAUUGAUAUCAUGUGGAACAAUAUUUUUCAAAAAGACUGACUUUGUUUGUUUUCUUUUCAAGUGGUCUAAAUCUUCAUUGUUUUUUAGAUUUCAAUUUUUUUUUCUUUAAAAAUUAGGUGUUGUUGUUUUUUUUACUAAUAUUUGAUGUAGUUCCUAAUAAUGGCAGCAUGAGGGAGCAAAGGGACAUAGCCUUGUGGCGUAAAUAAGAAUAUCUUUUUAGCUUUAAAACCGGUGCUGUGUAUUUGGCAUAUUUUAGAAAAAAAUAUCAAAAUGUUCUGCAGCACUAAAAUAGAUCAAUUCACACAAAUGUUAUUAAGAAUAGAAGCACAACUAAAACUAAAUAAAAGCAGAAUAAAACAUACUUUGGUAAAAUAAACCAACUCACAUUCUAUAAAAAGUCACUUAAAAUAAGCAUGGAUUUAAGUUGGACUUGAAAUUUUAAGAGAAAGGAAGGUUUGAUGCCAUUUCGAUUUUUAAGGCCAAGACUCAAAUGGAUCUUGCUCCUUUGGGAGCUUAGGGCAUAGAGCUUGGAAUCCUGGGGUCCUGAGUCCGAGCCCCACUCCCACAGACUGCCACUCUGUGUCUCUGAGCAAGACCCUUAACCCCACACUGCUCCCCUGGUGCCCCACAAUGGCAGCCCACUGCUCCCCAAGGGGAUGGGCUAAAUGCAGAUGUAAAUUUUUCCAAUAUGAGAUCAAUAAAUUUAAAUUAUUGACGUAAAAUAUAACAACAGGCUCCCAAAGAAAAACUUAGAAAGGCCUUCACAAAGUCUGCAAUAUUGGCAACUAUGACCACUUGAAAAGACUACAGGUAAAUCAGUCUCUUUGAAAAGAAAUAUAAGAAAUAUGGGUACAUUUAUAUUGUUGCUUCAUGCCACAAUCUGCAGCAGUGUUUUUGUUUUUAUUUGUUUCCUUCUGUUAAAAUGUUAUCUGUUCAUUAGGGCCUAUUUAGUGGAACCUCAUUUAAUAACAUCAUAUACUGUGUACACAGAAUAUAUUUUUGCUAAUUUGGAGUGCCUUUUUAAAUUUUUCCAAGGCGGAUUGUAUUUACUAUUUAGGUGACUUCUGAAGGAAGUGGUGGUGCUCUACUUUAUUUAGGGGUGUCACAAUAGCAAGGGCUGCAUUAAAAUCUACACUGCUGUUUACACAUGUGAUCAAUAAAAAGGUUUUGGGUAAA